AUGGAGCGGAGACUGCCGUCUGACGGCGAGUUUCUGCACUUUCCGGAGCCAUCCUCGAGCCGAGGCACGGUGGCCCAGGCCGGGUUUGGCGGCGGCUACAAUCCCAUGCGUGAACCUGUCGUCACCCCAGAUGGCAUCGCCGCUCCAACGUCGUCGGGCAGUAUGCCGCGAGCGCCAGUGGAUGCAAACAGCGCCCACACCUCGAGGGAUGAUAUGUCGCCUGGAUUGAAGUUCGCCUGGGACGAUGUCUAUGUCGUCGAGGAUGGUCACUUCGUGGAUCCGCGGGAACUGGUCAGAUCAACCACUCUCAGUCUUCUUUUGAACAAGCGUUACUUGCCUGACACGCCAGAAUUCUUGCCCUUCAUACCUCGGGGCACCAUGUCAUACAUGUGUCCAAGUGGCGUCGAGGCCGAGUUCAAACUUUUGGGGGGCCUCCCGCUCGGCUUCUCUCUCGAGGAUGGUCAAUGGGUGACCCACCGGACACAAUACUUCGCAGCCACCGGCACUGUCACCAUCCGCCCUUGGUACCCCGCGAACCACUUGGUUUUCACCUCCGACGACGGCUGUACCUCUGGCUAUGUUGUUGGCUUCGGCCUGGGUAUCUCAGCCAAGCACGCCAAGGAAUACGAAUUCAGCGUCGCGCCAAAGCUGCUUCAAUUCACCGCAAAGCGCGUCAAGAAUGAGACUUGUGAACCCGAUAUCAUUGAUCUGAAUCCCUGCGAAGUAUCGGCAACACCUGAGGGCGAGGAGUUCCCCAACAUCUUGGUCAAUCGUGCCGACGCCAGAUGGGCCUCCAAGGAGGGCGUCACGCAACACACCUACGAGCGCUUACAGUUCACCAAGGCCACCAUAAACAGACAGACACAGAAGUUCUUCCAAGUGGAGAUGAUCCUGUACGCCAAGUUGGUCGAUCAGGCAGGAUACCCUGUCGAGUUCGGCACAACCUCGAACGGAUGGUCGAUCAUCGGCAGCAUGGAGUCGACGGAGGUCAUGGUGCGCGGCCGCAACAGGGGCUACUUCAAGGAGGUGGCGGAAAAGAAGACGGAAAGGAAGAAGGAAAGGUUGGCAAUGGAACAAGACAUGGAGGGUUCCUCUGAGUCAGACAGAACCAUGGUCAUAGAUGAAUAA